UGUUCAUUGCUUACCAUGUUCUGUAUGCAAGAUUUAUAUUUAUCUAUAUCUAUACUAGAAUAAUAUUUUUAAUUUUCAAAAAAAAAAACAUAAAUAUAAAUUUGAUUACAUGUAAACUUCUAUUACAAAGAAUAUUAUAUUCAAGUUAUAAUUGACUGUUACUACAUACAUAGUUUUACGAUUAUUUUUAAGAAUAAUAUAAAUAAUGUCAACACGUUGGUAUCCAUUGUAUCAAAGAGGAAAUCCUCAACUACGUGUAUUUUUAUCAAAUUUUUGGCUCAAACUUGUCCCACCAGAAAAGAAACAACCAAAAAAUAUUGUCAAAUUUCAUUGUUCAAUGGAAAUGACCAGAAUGGAUGUAAAAAAUUAUUUAGAAAAAAUAUAUAAUGUCAAAUCAAUUCAUGUUAGAACGAGAAUACAAUUAGGUAAAUUUGAUAACAAAAAUACUGGUUAUGUUGUAAAAGACGAUGACAUAAAAUUGGCAUACGUUGUUUUGCCUAGAGAUCAGAGUUUCGUAUUUCCUGAUGUGUUUGUAACAGAAGAUACAACAAAGGAAAAGGAAGAUGAAAAUGAACAUCUUGAACAAUUAAGGAAAGGAUAUCAAGACUAUUUGACGUUCAACAAACAAUCUGAAAGAUUUCAAUUACCAGGAUGGUACAGCAUCUAAUUUAUAUUUUUUUUUUGUUCCUCGCAUUUUUUUUCGUAGUAAAGAAAAUAUCAAGGAAGUUUAAAGAAGAAAAGUGCUUUUAAUAAUGUAUAAAUUUGAUAGAAAAAUUAGCCUUUGUACCGAAUUGUAAAUUAUGCACUUGUAGGAGAACGAAUUAAUAAAAGUAUCUCGAUUUGAAAA